GACCUGAACAGCUUCACCAACAACCUCAUGGUCACCGUCGAAAGGCUAAACGAAAUGAACAAGAAGCAUUCCUUCACGCUCAAGAACUCGCUUGUGUUUAAGGACGACAUAAACAGAUAUAUAUACAUGCGCGAAAGCGAGCGCUCCACUAUUAGAGUGCAGCAAAUUCCAAAUGGCUACUCGCGAAACAUCCACAACAGCCACGAGCACUUUUACUGA